AUGUGCCUCGUUCCCUUCGUCGCGAAUUUCACAAGUGCAUCUAUCGCCAGCGCGCUCCCGAUAUAUGCUGCCACGCCCAUCUUUGGCUUUCCGCCGAAGCCAUUCGCGGAUUUGACGCAUUUGAUUGCUGUCAAUAUCCUCAUGCUGGGAGUGUCGAACCUGUUUUGGGUACCACUUUCAUAUAUCCUCGGGAGGCGACCCGUCAUCUUGCUGAGCUUGCUAUUGUUGGCAUUCUCUUCAAUGUGGGCUGGGCUUUCGACGAGCUUCGAUAGUCUACUUGCAGCCCGGUUCUUCAUGGGUAUGGGGGGUGGCCCUGCGGACGCUGUCUCGCCUGAUGUUGUUGGAGAGAUAUUCUUUGUGCACGAGCGCGGUAGAGUCAUGGCCUUUUACACCGUCUUCCUGGCGAUGGGCUCCUUUGUCGGACCUAUCGCUGGAGGCUACAUCGCCGCACACGACGGUCUCGCCUGGAUCCAUUGGACGAACGUCAUUCUCUCAGCCGUCACUUUCGUGAUUUGCUUCUUCCUGCAGCCCGAGACUCUAUACGAGCGCCCAAUUCCCUCCACGUCGGAGGCUACCGAAACGAUCAACAAACCUAUAGCAGAGACGAAAGAAGACAUUGGCGUCAGGGCCAGCGCAACUGCAAAUGAACAGUCUUCGUAUGCUCCGUAUACCUUCCUUCGCUCCCUCAAGCCCUUCACCUACCACGGUGGCGUCGGCCGAAAGUUCCUCGCUCCAUACCUAACCCUUCGCCUACCAGGCGUUUGGCUAGUGUCACUCUGGUAUGCUGGGCUCGUAGGUGCCAUAGUCACCAUCAGCACUGUAGGUUCCCAGAUCGCCGCUUCGCCGCCGUACCUCUGGGGUGCAGACUCGGGCCUCAUCAACUGCGGUGCGCUCGUUGGUGCCGUCCUAGGAUGCGUCUACACCUACUUCGUCGCCGAUUUCACUACGAAGCGGCUAGCGAAGAAGGACAUCCAUGGAUAUAGCGAACCUGAGUCUCGUAUUGUCACUGCCAUUCCAGCACUGUUCAUCUCAACAGCCGGUACCAUUAUUUUCGGUGUCAUUGCUCAGAAUCCUUCACCUAAAGGGUGGGUAGGACUGGAGUUUGCGUUCGGUAUGGUCGCCUUCGGACUGAUGCAGGCGCCCAGUGUCGGCUUCAAUUAUAUCAUUGAGAGCUAUCCCUCGAUUGCGGGAGACUGCUUCGUAGCUGUUACAUGCUCCAGGGCUGUCGUUGCUUUUGCGUGGACGUUCUUUGUUGGUACGUGGACGCAGGAAGUAGGGUACGCAGAGCCCUUCGGUAUCUUUGGAAUGCUACUGGGGAUAUUUGGCUCAUUAACCGUGCCAUACUGGAUUUGGGGAAAGAGGUUCCGGAUUGCAACUGCAGAUUGGGUAGAGAGACUUCUCUAA